AUGACGGAGAACCGCCCUUCAACACCCCCUCCGCAGGCCAAGGCCUCUGGAUCAGGCCAACUUCCUCGAGGCCCAAUAACCCCAGAACAAAAGCGGAGAAUAGAGCUCAGUCGCAUGAAAGCCAAGGCUCUCCGAGAACAACAUGAAGCCAAACUAGCUCAAGCCGCUUCAAAUGCACCUCAACCUGCAACAGGUGCCAAGCGCUCAUUCGCCUCGAUGGCAUCCAAUCAACCUGCCAAUGUGCGCGAUGCAUCUGCCCAGAAACCCCUAGAUUCGAUCCAGCCGGCGCGUAAUUUUACCAAAUUCGUGGACUAUGAUUUCAGCAAGAUGACUGAUACGAAGGGUGGAUUCCUGACACAAGAGGAUGAUCCCUUCAACAAACAACUACAUGUGACGGAUGAUAAGGGACCACAAAAGCCGGCGAAUAUGACGCAAAAGGAAUGGGAACGCCAUCAGAUAUUAGAAAAGCUCAAGCGGAACCGAGAAGGGCCGUAUGAGCCCGGGUUGAGUGUUCUGGAUGACAAAAGGAAACAAAAGAAAUGUCGCGAAUGCGCCAGUCUUGAAAUUGACUGGAAAUGGGACGAGGAGUUGAAGUGUAGCAUCUGUCAUGCAUGCAAGGAUAAGUUUCCCGAGAAAUACAGUCUAUUGACCAAGACAGAAGCGAAAGAGGAUUAUCUUCUUACGGAUCCUGAACUCCGCGACGAAGAUUUACUUCCACGUCUCGAGAAACCAAAUCCUCACAAGUCUACAUGGAACAGCAUGAUGCUGUAUCUCCGAUAUCAAAUUGAGGAAUACGCAUUCUCAGACAAGAAAUGGGGCUCGACAGAAGCGCUGGACGCGGAGUUCGAGAAGCGAGAGACUGAUAAGAAGCGACGGCGAGAGGAGAAGUUCAAGACUAAACUGCAAGACUUGAAGAAGCGCACGCGGGUCGAAGCAUACCGGCGUAAUCGGCAAGGUGGCUCUGGCGGAGACUUUGGUGAUGAUCUUGCCUUUAGGCGAAAACAUGUUCAUGAAUGGGGCCGGCCUGUUGAUAAUGCAGAGACUGGGAUUCCUGUCAAGACUUGCGUGACGUGUGGAAUGGAGGUGGAAGAACUUGAGUUUUAG